AUGGCCGUACAUGGGAGAUUGAAACCCUCGGCGCUGUCUUACAGACCUGAGGUUGCGGCGGGGGUGACUGCUUUCAACGACAGUACUAAAGGUCCACUAAAAUAUUUAUUCAGGUUCAGGACAGAGUUACAACUCACAAACGACGAAGUUUCGGUGUUCGCGGACCAAUACGAUGUCCACCUCGAAAAGAUAAGCCAGAACAAUGGAAGCGGAGUGGACAACCAUGCUUAUGAAAUACAGGAUGAUGACAUUGAUCACUACAGCAGCAUAAAAAGUGAGACCAAAAAGCCUAAAAAAAGACUGGAACUGGGAUCAUACCUAAGCAAAGUUUCCAGACCAAUUAAUGCCACAGAGAAUUACAUCAAGGCUCAUUCAAAACUCUUCAAAUACAUUGUCCUGGGUGUACUCGGAGCAGGUUAUGUGGCGUACUUCAUUGCGGCAUGUGUACUGGAUUUCCAGAGGGCCACUGCCCUUGUAGUCCUGACCUGUUUGGCUGUUGCUGCUGUAUCACUGGAACUUUUGAAGAAGUACAAGGGGAAAAGCAUCAGUCGCUUUUUCAAGCCCGCCGUCAGAUGGUUUAAAUCAAACUUGAAAUGGAUAAAAUGGGUUUUCAUUUUGGUGGUUGUGGUCUUGCUCGUGGUGUGGCUCGCUUUAGACACAAGCAAGCGUCCUACCCAGCUUAUCUCAUUUGGCGGAGUUUGCGUGUUCAUCGUGCUUAUAUUCCUCUUCUCAGCACACAGGACAAUGGUAUCAUGGAGGCCUGUGUUUUGGGGUCUCGGGAUACAGUUCUGCCUUGGCCUUUUUAUUAUACGAACGGAGCCUGGAUUUAUAGCUUUCGACUGGCUUGGAAAACAAGUGCAGAUAUUUCUCGACUACACCAAAGAAGGUUCAUCGUUCGUUUUUGGCGAUCUGAUUGGAAACAUUUUUGCCUUUCAAGCUUUGCCCAUUGUUAUUUUCUUUAGCAGCGUGAUGUCGGUCCUUUACUACUUGGGGAUUAUGCAGUGGCUCAUUUUGAAGAUCUCGUGGGUUAUGCAGAUAACAAUGGGAACGUCUUCCACAGAGACCUUGAGUGUGGCAGGCAAUAUAUUUGUUGGGCAGACAGAAGCACCGCUGCUGAUCCGCCCCUAUUUGAAGGAUAUGACCAAAUCAGAGAUCCAUGCUGUUAUGACUGGUGGAUUUGCCACAAUUGCGGGCAGUGUUAUGGGGGCAUUCAUCUCAUUUGGGAUUGAUGCAUCUUCCUUGAUAUCAGCCUCUGUGAUGGCUGCUCCGUGCGCUCUGGCAAUCUCUAAGCUUUCUUACCCAGAAACAGAGGAGAGUUGCUUUAAAUCAAAGCAGAACAUCAAAGUGGCUUCUGGUGAUGAGCAGAACAUUUUGGAAGCAGUCAGCAGUGGAGCAUCUGCAUCAAUAGGGCUUGUUGCUAACAUCGCAGCAAAUCUUAUAGCCUUUCUUGCUAUCCUCGGAUUCAUAAAUUCAGCUUUGAAAUGGCUUGGAGGAAUGGUGGGAUAUCCUGAUGUCACAUUUCAGUUAAUUUGCUCUUACGUGUUUAUGCCCGUGGCCUUUAUGAUGGGAGUGACAUACGACGAGAGUUUCGUUGUGGCUAAGCUAAUUGGGACAAAGCUCUUCCUCAAUGAGUUUGUGGCGUAUGAGGAAUUAUCUAAAUUGAAGCAAAACAGGCUCAACGGACUUGCUGAGGUUAUUGGCGAUGAAAGACAGUGGAUAUCUGUCCGAUCAGAAAUCAUCACCACUUAUGCUCUUUGUGGGUUUGCCAAUUUCAGCUCACUGGGCAUUGUGAUUGGAGGUCUUUCAUCUAUAUGCCCAUUAAGAAGAAAUGACAUCUCAUCUCUGGUGUUUAGAGCCAUGAUCACCGGGACAUGUGUAUCUCUCAUCAAUGCUUGCAUUGCAGGCAUCCUCUUUGUUCCUCCAUUGGACUGCGUGGAGGUUUUUAACGGAUCACCCUUCAAUGCCACACUUUCAGACGUUGCAGAAUGCUGUCAAGAGCUCUUUCAAAGCACCAUAAACAACGGGACCGUCUCAUUUGAAGGAUUCUGGGGCAAUGUAGCAAACGCCACCAUAUUUCUCUCCAAAUGUUGUCAGUGUUGUGGCCUUCCCGAUGUGGAUGUUUGUAUUUAAAGAACAACCCAUAGCAGUCGUAUGCAAGCCACAUGCAAAACAUUUCUACAAGUAUUUUCAACCUCUGUUCAGCUUUCCUGUGAGGUUUGUAAGUACAAUUUGCUUGACUCACCAGUCUCUAAUUGGACAAAGUUGUUGUGAAUCACCACAGAAAUUGGCAACGGGCCACCUGAUCCACUUUGAUGAGUUUAACAGUGUAAAAAGUCAUAUUAAAGUACCAAAACAAUAAAAUAUUAACUGAGUGGAUUGACAUAAAAUGCCUUUCUAAAAAACUGUCUUUUGUAAACAGAUAUGAGCUAUUACCAGAAGUCACAGCCAUUAGUACAUCAAAAGCGAAAACAUUACAGUAUCUUAUUAACUAUGCUGUGCCACUUUAAAAAAUACAGCGAAACAAACAACCUCUUAGUAAACUGUCACAUAGCAGUGGUGAUUCAUGUGCUGGUAAACAAGUUCCUCUUAAUGUAUUACUUUAUUUUAUUUGUUAAAAUCCAUGCAUUAUGAUCAGUGUUUUCUUCAAUGUGAAAAUCAGUCAGAAGUGCCAGUUUUUUUCCCCACUGGAGCUCAUUUGCAUACCAGUUUGUGUAUUUGUGUCACAUUUAUUGUAAAAAUGUAAAGCCUGCAGUACAUGCAUAAUGUUUUUGAGCUGAUUUUAUCUUUUAUGUAUUAUAUUGUAAAUCGGUCUUAUA